CACAGCACAAACCAAAAAAAGAAGUCCCGCGCGGCGCCACCGCGACGAUGCUUCCGGCACCUCCUCCGUUCUCCCACGGCGACUUCGUCGGCGUUCUCUCCCGCUGCGCCACCCUCGCUCACCUGAAGCAGCUCCAUGCCCACUCCGUCGUCACCGCCCGCGCCGCCACGCAACCCACCACCUUCCACCUCCUCCGUUUCGCAUCCCUCCGCCUCUCCUGCCUCCCCUACGCCCGCCGCCUCUUUGACUCCACGCCCUAUCCCAAUGUCUUCCUCUACUCCGCCAUGCUCUCUGCCUACGCCGCCGCAUCCCCCGCGCAGGCGUACGCCCAGGACGCCCUCGCCCUCUUCCUCCGUAUGCUCCGCCGCGGCCGCUCCGCGCCCAACCAGUUCGUCUACCCGCUGGUCCUCCGCGCCGCCUGCGUCGUCGGCGUACAGCUGGUUAGGUCGAUCCAUUCCCACGCCUACAAGAGCGGGUUCCACGCGCAUGAUGUUGUAAGGACUUCGCUGCUUGAUGGGUACUCGAGGUAUGGCAUGAUGCUGGACGCACGAAAGCUGUUUGGUGGUUUGACCGAGAGGAAUGUGGUCUCCUGGACCGCGCUACUGUCCGGCUACACAAGGGCCGGGAAGGUCGGAGACGCGAUUGCUCUGUUUGAACGGAUGCCCGAGAGGGAUGUGGCUGCGUGGAAUGCGAUGAUCGCUGGCUGCACGCAGAAUGGAUUGUUUCUGGAGGCUCUGGGGAUUUGUAGCAGGAUGGUGGAAGAGGGGUUCCGGCCGAAUGGGACCACAGUUGCUUGUGUGCUGUCUGCAUGUGGGCACCUUGGGAUGCUGAAAAUCGGGAAGGUCAUCCAUGGUUAUGCGUGGAGGAGCUGUGUUGGUUUUGGCUCGUCUGUUGUGAAUGGGUUGAUUGAUAUGUAUGGCAAAUGCGGGACUUUGAAGGGGGCGAGGUGGAUGUUUGAUGAGUUUUCCGACAAGAGUCUGACCACAUGGAAUUGUCUGAUUAAUUGCCUUGCACUACAUGGGCACAGCAAGAGUGCAAUUGCUGUCUUCGGUGAGAUGAGGAACGCAGGAAUUGAACCUGAUGAGGUUACAUUUGUGGGACUGUUAAAUGCGUGCACCCAUGGUGGAUUUGUCGAUGAAGGGCUUAUGUACUUUGAACUCAUGUGCGAUGAGCUGAGAAUUGAGCCAGAGAUUGAGCAUUAUGGGUGUAUCAUUGACCUUCUUGGUCGAGCAGCACGAUUUGAAGAUGUAAUGAAUGUAAUCAAAGAUAUGAAAGUCCAACCAGAUGAGGUCAUUUGGGGGUCACUUCUCAAUGCCUGUAGGGUACACAGACAGCUAGAGCUUGCUGAGUUUGCUAUAAGAAAAUUACUGCAGUUGAACCCGAACAAUGUUAAUUAUGUUGUGAUGCUGGCAAACUUAUACAGUGAAGGUGGAUCCUGGGAACAGGUUACGAAGGUAAGGAAGCUGAUGCAGGAGGAUAUGGGCAAGAAAGUGCCUGGUUGUAGUUGGAUCGAGGUGGAUCGCAAGACACACAUGUUUUACUCUGGUGACGAUACUCAUCCUGUAUCAGAGGAUAUCUGUAACACUCUUGUGGAAUUAGUGGCCUCAAUGGAAAUGUGCCAGGAUUAAUUUCUUAUAGACGCAACAGGAGUUCUUCCUGUAUAGUAUUAUGAGAAGUAGACAUUACAGGCUGAAGCCUAAAUAGAAGAAAAGCCCGUGAGGAUUGAUUUGGAUAGAUUGAUAGUUUUAUUUUGAAAGUCGGAAACUUCUAUUCCGUAAGUGAAGUGGGGUAAAUUGAAAUUUUUGACCUAGGCUGAUUAGGAGUUAUGUUGGAUGUACGCAUGAAGGGACUGAUGUGUUACUAUUUCAUAGCGCAAUUGGUGCAUAAGGUAUGCAUGUAUUUUCAUGUCAUUCAUAUUGAUUAUUUAAGUUAUGAAUGACCUUAUAUAUUUAUGUUAAUCUUAUUAAUUAGUGUCGGUUUAAUAAUCAGUAGUGCUGCUAGCAGUCCCACAUUCAGUCCCACGUGUAGCUUCCCUAUCUUUUGUCUUCACUGCUGUUCUGUUGAUUAGAUCGAUGUUCUGUGUUUCCAUUGGUUAGCGACUAUUGCCUGACAAUCUGAUAUGCCAUUUUGUGUUGUGACUGGUGGAAGGUAGCGUACUAUCUAGUUAGGGAUGAAAAUGGAGCGAAAACUUUCUGUUUUUUCAGAGGAAAAAUGGAAACGGACAGGAAAUAUGAAAAUGGAAAUGGAAAUUUGCAAAACGGAAAUGGAAAUGGAAUUUUUUAAUGUGGAAAUGGAAACAAAAACGGAAUGGCGUUUUCCGGUGGAACAGACGUGGAAAUGGAACUUUCUGUUUCUGUGAAUAUGGACUUUCUGUUUUCAAUAUUGGCCUGGCCUAUAGCUGCUUUGUAGCACAACCACCAAACAACACACAAUGACACAAUGAGCAGAAUCGAUCAUUUAGGCCCAACUUCAAUAUCACACACGUACUCAACUAGAUCCUAUAUGCAAUUGUCCAGUACUACUACAAUGCUAUGCUAAGUUGCUAACAUAAUCAUAUUAUUUUGUAGCCAUGUUAACAAUUCAUUAAAUUUGUUUCUGUGUAUUUCUCUAUGAUUCAUGGCGUUUUUAAGUUCCGCUCAACGCCCACUUUUGUUACCGUGUCCGCUCUGUAUUCGCUCUGUGUCUGUUUUCGGUUAUCUGUCUCCGUAUUCAUUUUUGGGGUUUCUGUAUUUGUUUCUGCAUCUGCAAAAAAAAAUGGAAACAAAUGUGGCAGCACCCAGUUCUGUCCGUUUCCGCUCCGUUUUCAUCCCAUCUAGUAUCUAUCAAUAGUAACAUGUCAAACAGAAAUUGACCGCCUCUAUGGUGUAGAAACUUGUCCUCGAUAGAAUACUCACUCAUUUUCCCCUCUUUCUUGGUUUGCCACUUUAUUAAGAUGCAUAUCAUCUUACUUCAUAUAACCUACACUGUGAUGUUCGAUUUGCUUGUUCUCCAAACUUUUCUAGGAUGAUGACUCAGUUGAUUUAGUAAAAACAGGAUUGACUAUAGGAUCUCAUGAGUAUGUUUGGGUUAGUGCAACUGUUCAAGCAAGCCACACAUUUAUAAUCAGUCACCUAACCCUUUCUAAAGCAUUGGUGGUUUUGGAAAUAUACUGCAAAAAAAGUGAUCAUGCUGAGUAUAUCACAUAUGACUGUUCUCAAAGCAUGGUUUCAUUGUGUAUCGGCAAAACUUUUCAAAACAUGGCAGACGGAGAAGAUCACAACUAGUCUGGUUUGCGAUGGCUUAAGUGAAAUUUGUUUUUCUCUCGGUUCCAGCUACCAUCAUGUUGCAUUAUUUUGGAUAGGAAAAGUGAAGUGUUGAAGAUAUAUUACUGUUAAUUGGAGGGUCUAGUUAAAAUAUACACUUGUGUGUUUCCUAAUUAUAUAUGAGAACUCCGUUUUGUUUUGAUAGGAUAUGUUGGAUUUAUACAUUUAUAUAGUAGUACAAAUGACUGAAUCAAACUAUAAAAUUGUUGCUAAAUUACUGGAAGCAAUCAACUUUGCUGCAUGCAUUUUAAUGUAGCAGUAGCAAAGACCAUGCUUGGAAGUUGGAACUAUCCUUUGCUGAUAGGUUAGCUUUGUAAAAUAUUUAUGCAAACUUAUGAAGUCCAGAUAAAAAAAUAUGAGUUGGCAAAACCAGUUCUAUCAAAUGCAGAACUGUUACUCUUUGUGGAGCCUUGCAAUUGGCUGGGAAGCAAAAUAUCUUGUACCACCUAUUGAUCCACUUUAUUAUCACAGCUUAAAGCCUCUAUUGUUCUGUAACUGCUACUGUUAUCUCUACUACUAUAGUACACGAUUUUUUGAAUAUUUGAAUCUGCCUUCUCCUCUCAUAUUUUACCUGCCACUUCCAGAAUCGAAUCAUCUAUGGCCGUCAACUUAUUAAAUCGAACGGCCCGUGUUACCCGGAUUCGCCCCUCACGCAGUCCCGCCAAACCUGAAAACAAGUCGCCCCUUCUGGAGAACUCCACAGCCCCCACGAUAGCCCCUCCACCCCAGGCUCUAGCAAAUCGAUUCCCUGCCAACCUCCCAUUUUUCAUCUCACGCUGGUCUUUCCCCUGGAAUCUGGAUGCUCCGUAUCCAAUUUCUCUAGCCCGUGGGUCAACUCACACACCAGCAGCUCCAUUGGUCCAUCCCCGGUCCACACACCCAGUACGGCAGCACCUCCGGAUCACCUCCACGUCCAGAUUGCAUCUCCAGCCCCGUCUCCUUGCAGGCUCUGGCUUGCUUCGAAAUUUGUUUCCGCCUGGUGAUUAAAGGCUCAUAGGAGCUGGACAUCCAUCUACGGUCAGCUGACCAUAGUGCCGUUGACCACAGGUGAGGUUGGUGAUUCUUCUGUUCCUUUGAGAUUUUGUUGCAUGAGAAUGUUGUGCAAGUGAUUCUUCUUGCUGAGGAUGAUAUGAAAUACAGAUCCACUGGUCUGAUUGUAGCUUGCUGAUUUUUCUACUUUUCUUGCACGCAAGGUGUUUGUGUUUAUGUCCAAACAGUACACUAAGAAAGGCAAUGCAGCAUAUGUUCAUUCUGUUCUGCAAAGCCAAAUAAGGAUAUUGACCCAUCAGGGGAAAGCACAAAAAAUAUUGUCUACAAGGAUGUUUUGGUAUAAUUCAUCUGCAUGCUGUGUACUGCAGUGUGAUGUUUCUAAUAUGGUUGUAUUGUUGUAAAUAGUACCCAGGAAAAUAAUGUUAUAUAGGGCUUCAGUCAUUAGUUUGUCCUUGUGAAAGUUGUAGACCAAAAGUUAUAUUUGCAGGGGUACUAUUCUAGCAUAUACAAUACUUAAACCAUGUACUACUCCUUUUUCAGUUAUUGCAUAUAGCAGAAAUCCAGCAACAGAAGUGAGCAAAUAUCAUUCUUUAUGAUACAGAGCCAUUGGGCUUCAAAUGUAUAUACAAUAUACUGACAUUUUUCAGUUUUAACGUACAACAUAGACAUCCUGUCAACGGAAGGGAGCACAGACCAUUUUGCUUUACUCAUACCAUAAAUAGAUUACUAAUUCCAAUCUGAUGCGCCUUGGCAGCAAGACCAUGAACAAAACCAGCGGAUUGCCUACCAAUUUU